UUUCGGAGAGACAAGAGCAGGUGGCCCGCGGCAGCCGCUCGGAGAUUCGGUCUGCCCCUUAGAGCCAAAAGCGAAGUGCGCCUGCGCGGCCCCAUCGGCCUCGCUCGUGGGCUGGGGGGAGCUCCGCAUUCAGUCAGGAUCGGGCCGGGCGGGGAGGCUGGAGUUUGAGGUGGGGGGCCUCGAGAUCGUUAUCUGCAUCUGGGAACCACCCAGCCAGAGCCGGCGGCGCGGGCGCUUUUCCGCCGCUCCCCUCCCGCCCCGCUUCUCUGCGAGACGUGCAAACGAGCUGACCCCAGGGAGCAGCAGCUGGAAACUACUACUACUGUGAGAAGACAAAAGCAGCGUGCUGAUCUUCUUUGCAUGAUUUCUCUCCCCCUCCCCCUGUAUUGAUAGACUUGUCAUCUGAAGACUUUAAUCUGGAAACAGGAAUAGGACAUCUUCAGACUCUAUAGUCUUAUUACCAAUGAUGCAGGCAGUCAAGGACCCUCAUCUAGAAUGGCAGGGCUUCACUAGAGGCCAUGUCGGAUUGAGUCUGCUGAGGGGGAGUGACCUAGUUCAUUUUGUUUAAAGGUCAGUUGCUGGCAAAGGAGAGCACUGCUAAGAAGGAUGGAACUACAAUAAAGUCUGCUAGACGUGUGCUCUCAUGUGUUCAUGUAACAGCAUUGAAUUGUAGGCUCUCUUUUUCCAGAGUAGCUUGGAGAGAUCUGGAAAACCAUAGGGGAUGAUUGCUCUUGGGCUGAAAAAAGCAAAAAUUUGAGCAAGGCCAUGCAUAUAAUAGGGAAUUAGUAAUUCAGCCAAACUAAGCUUGCUCUCAGCAUGCUUUUAUCAAGAAUAAAAAAGCACCAGCAUCCAAACUCUCUUGGGGAGCAGCAACCAGAAAAGCAAGAUGAGAAUUCUCGGUCCAAAAGCUUGCCAGUUCUGAAUGGGUCUGUUCCACAGAUUAAUACCACACAAAGUGCUCUCAUCAUAGCCAAAAAGAACUUCUUACAGAGUUUGCAGGGGGACUCUGAUCAGAGGUGUGGCCUUGACCCCGAUACAUCAGCACAUCACAAUAAUGUUGCUGCUACUGCUACUUCUUCCAGGACAAUGUUGUCUUUUACAGCUUCCAGCUUUUCAAGAAUUGGGAAUUUCACUGAAAGAGUGGAUUGCAACAACUCUGCUAGAUUAAGUAAUGGUGUGUCACCAGCUUCCACACUGCUAGUAAUCCCUGGUAGAAAAUAUCUUGAUAUAGUAUUGACAGAUUCUCGGUUCUUUUUGAUAUGUAUGUGCUUCUUGACUUUCAUUCAAUCGCUAAUGGUCUCUGGUUACCUGAGCAGUGUUAUCACUACCAUUGAGAGGAGAUACAGCCUGAAAAGCUCUGAAUCUGGGCUGUUGGUCAGCUGUUUCGAUAUUGGCAGCCUGUUAGUAGUGGUCUUCAUCAGUUACUUUGGGGGGCAAGGGCGAAGGCCUCUAUGGCUUGCUGUUGGAGGGUUAUUUAUUGCCCUUGGGGCUGCCAUAUUUUCUUUACCUCAUUUCAUCUCUGCACCGUAUCAAAUCCAGGAAUUAAACUCCUCUGUUUCUAAUGACGGCUUGUGUUUGACUGGAAAUAAUUCAUUGAAAGGGCAUGUGGAAUCACCAGGCUGUAUGAAGGAUGCACAUGGAAAUGACCACUCACUCUAUGUAGCUUUGUUUAUUUGUGCCCAAAUCCUCAUUGGAAUGGGCUCCACACCUAUUUAUACUCUAGGACCAACCUACUUGGAUGAUAAUGUCAAGAAAGAAAACUCAUCACUCUAUCUAGCCAUCAUGUAUGUAAUGGGAGCUCUUGGUCCUGCAGCAGGAUAUUUAUUAGGAGGAGUUCUUAUUGGGUUUUAUGUACAUCCUACAAGUACUGUUCAUAUUGACCAGAGUGACCCACGGUUCAUUGGUAACUGGUGGAGUGGAUUCCUCCUUUGCGCUAGUGUGAUGCUUCUUGUUAUACUUCCAAUGUUUGCUUUUCCCAAAAAGCUCCCACCUCGACACAAGAAGAAGAAGAAGAAGAUGCACUCUGAUGAUGUUUCAGGUGAUGAUGAUAUUGUGAAAGAGAAAGUGAAUAGCAAAAGUCAGCUAGACUCGGAAAUUCCUGCAUCAAUGGAUUUUGGAAAGAAUGUUAAAGAACUUCCAAGAGCAGCUUUCAGGAUCUUAAGCAACAUGACAUUCCUUUUUGUGAGUUUGUCAUACACAGCUGAAUGUGCCAUUGUUACUGCUUUUAUUACCUUUAUUCCCAAGUUCAUUGAGUCACAGUUUGGCAUCCCAGCUUCCAAUGCCAGCAUCUACACUGGUGUGAUUAUUGUUCCAAGUGCUGGUGUUGGUAUUGUCUUAGGAGGUUACAUUAUAAAAAAACUGAAACUUGGUGCAAGAGAAUCUGCAAAACUAGCAAUGAUUUGCAGUGGUGUAUCUCUGCUGUGCUUUUCAACACUCUUCAUAGUUGGAUGUGAAAGUAUUAAUCUAGGAGGUAUAAAUAUACCAUAUACCACAGGACCUACUCUCACCAUGGCACAUAGGAAUUUGACUGGAAGCUGUAAUGUUAAUUGUGGCUGCAAAAUCCAUGAAUACAAACCUGUGUGUGGAUCAGAUGGAAUCACAUAUUUUAACCCUUGUCUUGCUGGUUGCACUAGCAGUGGAAAUUAUACCACAGGAAUAAGAAAUUAUACAGAUUGUGCCUGUGUCCAAAGUCGACAAGUUAUCACACCACCCACAGUUGGACAGCGUAGCCAGCUAAGAGUGGUGAUCGUCAAAACAUAUCUCAAUGAGAAUGGCUAUGCUGUGUCAGGAAAGUGUGAUAGAACCUGCAACACACUCAUCCCUUUCCUCAUUUUUCUCUUCAUAGUAACACUUAUCACAGCAUGUGCCCAACCCUCAGCAAUCAUAGUAACUCUCAGGUCUGUGGAAGAUGGUGAGAGGCCUUUUGCCCUUGGCAUGCAGUUUGUUUUAUUAAGAACUCUUGCAUACAUUCCUACCCCAAUUUAUUUUGGUGCAGUCAUUGACACUACCUGCAUGCUGUGGCAACAGGAAUGUGGUGUGCAAGGCUCAUGUUGGGAAUAUGAUGUGACGUCAUUUCGUUUUGUGUACUUUGGUCUGGCAGCUGGUCUCAAAUGCGUCGGCUUCCUAUUCAUUUUCCUUGCCUGGUACACCAUUAAGUAUAAAGAAAAGAAGCAACAAAGGCAGAUGCGGGCGGAUGCUUCUGUCAGCACUGUAAGCGAAGUGGUGGGUAACAAAGGAGCUCAACAAAACUAUGCAAGGACUAGAUCCUGCCCCACUUUUAGCUCUCAAGGUGGCCAUGCUGACAGUGCCAGCCUGACAAGAACACAUUACACAGCACAAACCUAUCCUGGCUUCCUUACGGUAGAAACAAUAAAUGCGUCGGCUGAGAAGUCUUCACAAGAAGUCACUCCUGAAAUAGAAGGUCCCUUUCAGUAACUUCAGAUUUUGAUUUAUUUGUACAUAUUAAGUGUGGGGCCUUUUGAAACACCUGUGCCUUCUUUUUCCUAAUGAGAUCUGCCACUGAUAAUAAACCAACAAAGCUUAAUGCAUAGAGCCAUGGCAUAUCUGAGGGCUGGAUACCUCCAAACAACUUAGGUAACUCUUUCUUCUUUUGGGGAACUGGAAUGUUAAAGUAGGCGUGUAAGUCCUUUGGCUAUGUCUAUUCAAGUUGCAUGUUCCAAGCAAAUGCUAAUAGGUCAGAGAUCCUCUUCUGUGAAAAACAGUUCUGGUAGAAAUGUAUACCACUGGUGAAGAUAAUGCAUCCAUGAUUCUUGAACUAGGGGAGAACAAGUAAUUAUUUUUAAUUCUGUUUCAAAGCACAACUUGUCUUAGCUAUGCAACGUGGACUGGAUAUUUGUUUGGUUCUGUGUAUUUUUAAAUCAAAAUUUUCAAUCACUUGACUUGGAAAAGAGGCUCUUUGAAUUAAUAAAAUGUUCAGUUAAAUAUUUUAAGCGAUAGAACAGAUAAUCCAAGACUAAUCAAUAACAGGAUAAGUUAUUGAUACUUUGUUUUAUUUUAAUAUGAUAGUGUAUUUCUCAUGUUAGUUGCAAAAUUAUAACUAUCAUUAGUGAUUUCAGUACUGUUUUGUAAUAACGUUAAAGCAUAACAAGCUUAUGCAUAAUGACUAGUUGGUGUUUGCAUAUUUUUGCAAUAAGGAACAAUCAGCCACAGAUACCCUAUUGAUUUCACCAAAUCCAAGCUUAAGCUUACUUUGUUUCUGUUCAUACAGAAACUAACCCUGAUGUGUGGUAAACUGAGGUGACUCUAAUAUCUAAUCCUCUGCUGGUAUGGUACAGUGGUUAUUUGUUCUGACACAUGGCCAGAUUGCUGCUCACAUACCUCAUCAUGCACUAACUAUCAAUCUGAGCAUGUGCUAGUGCAGUCAAAUGACAGCUUUACCAAGUGAUCUGUUCUCAGGUUCCUACUGAUUCUUGAGGGAGAAUUACAGGCCUUAAGAGUCCAGUUCACAUUAAAGUCUUGUAUAGACCUGCUUAUAUUGCAGCAUUUGGAAUCUACUACGUUUCUUUAGCUUUGUCAGCAAUAGAAAUUGUCUUGGGCAUCCUGAUCUGAUCUCCACUUUUUCAUUACUGGAAAAAGGGUGUGUGUAUAUAGAUGCCAAUAUCUGGAGAACCUGAGAUUGAAACUGCACGUAUAAUACUUAGCUGUGCAGCUCUUUCAUCCUGCCACUAAGGAUGUUUAAUGCAAAAGAGCUACCGGCUAGAGUGGAACAUUUGCAAGGUGUGCUUGCAGUUUGCAAGGGUGCUUAUAGUUUUCCCAUCCUGCCAUCUGUCCAUUCAAAAUUAUACAUUUCAGCUGUUUUUCAUAUUGUUAGCCCUGUUAUCUUUUCCUUCUUGAAGGAGGAGUAGUUCUGAAGAGACAAAUGGCAAAAAAAAAAAAAAGGAUUCCACAGUCAUGAUUGCUUUUUGCACUUGCCAGUCUUAUUUAAUUUUUUAAAAAACCUUUAAGGGAAAAAUCAUGUGCUGAGGGUUACGUAUUGCUGAAAUCAAAAGUACAGGUUAGCUUUCCAUUGCACAGAUAUGCUAAUACACUUUAAAAGGGUGUAAUUCAUAGGCAACACUCAGGUCUCUAUUCCUGAUAAGGUCACAAAAGCCUUGUUCAGAUCUCUUUUGGAAGUGCUAUGUCUCAUCCAUACCAAUUGCACUGGGCUAUUUUUGAAUCUAAAGGGUGUUCUUUGCUGCAGUAUUCUGUCGUCUCAUUCUGAGACUAUAGUGACUCCAUCCAAGCAGAGGGAUCUCUUAAGUCAGUAUUCCUCAGCCUCAGCCUCGGCCCACUUGAAGA